AGUGAUGAAGAGUCCAAGUCUUCCUCUUCCUCCUUCUCCACCUCUUUUGUUUGAGGAAGGUGUAAAUGAAAAUCUCAGUUUUACAAGUCCAAUUUCCCCUUGGACUUUGGUGGACUUUAGGUGUGAGUGUGCCCACUCACACCUAAAUAUGGCAGUUUUAACAGCAGAGACAACUCCUUGACAGGAAUUAAUGAAUUUGCAUCAUCAUUUGGGACCUCAGAUAUUGACAGUGUACUCAUAGACUGCUUCACAGGAGGGUAUGAUGGCUAUUUAGCAAUCCCAGCUAGCUUGCCCAGACAGGCAAUCAGUGUCAGUUUUCCCAGGAUGCCAGAAGGUUUUUACUGUCAAGAAAAUGGAAUCCUGGACCAAGGGGAGAAUUCUGUAAAUCCAGGGCCAGAUGGAGAUGCACUAAGGGUGGGUUCACUGGCUGCAAUAAAGCCACGAUCAGUAGGGAUUCUGAAAAGGCCUCAGACCUUGGCCAUUCCAGAUGUUGUCACAGGAUAUUGUCCAGAAAGUAGCAGGAGAAGAAAUGUAACCUUCAGCCAACAGGUUGCUAAUAUUUUGCUGAAUGGUGUGAAGUAUGAGAGUGAGUUGAAUGGAUCAGGUGAGAUGUCUGAGCAAUCACUUUCCAUGAAACUUCUUUGUUCAACCAUCUGCCACAUGCCCAAGACUCUGUGUAAUCUCUGCAUCAACCACUUCUUAGGUUGGCUCUCGUUUGAGGGAAUGUUGCUGUUCUACACAGACUUCAUGGGAGAAGUGGUGUUUCAAGGCAAUCCUAAAGCCCCUCACAACUCUGAUGAAUAUCAAAAGUACAAUGCUGGGGUCACCAUGGGCUGUUGGGGAAUGUGUAUCUAUGCAUUCAGUGCUGCAUUCUAUUCAGCCGCACUAGAAAAGCUAGAAGAAUACUUCAGUAUUCGCACCCUGUAUUUCAUAGCAUACCUUGCUUUUGGACUUGGUACAGGCCUGGCCACACUCUCCAGAAAUAUCUAUGUGGUUUUAUCUCUAUGCAUAACUUACAGUAUUCUGUUUUCAACACUCUGCACACUCCCUUAUUCUCUGUUGUGUGACUACUAUCAGAGUAAAAAGUUCGCAGGAUCGACUCUGGAUGGUACCAAGAGGGGGAUGGGCGUGGAUAUCUCUCUUCUGAGCUGCCAGUAUUUCCUAGCUCAGCUGCUUGUUGCGGUAGUGAUGGGACCCAUCACUGCGGUGGUGGGCAGCGCUAACGGGGUGAUGUAUUUUGCCAGCCUCGUGUCUUUCAUGGGCUGUUUGUUUUCCUCCCUGUGUGUCACGUAUGAGAUUCCCGCCGCCGAGGCGCCGGCCGAGGAGCAGCAGCCGUUGGUGCUGAGCGCGUGAGGGCAGGAUCCGCCGGUGGAGGGGCCGGGUGAGACUCACUGCUCGUUACAAUAAAAGCAACUCAGACAAGCGGCGCUUGUGCCUCCUGAUUGCUCUGGGCGGCAGGUGCCGCGUGACCCGUGGGAGGCUGCCCCGGUCCCCGGGGCGCUGCCCUUAGCUGCGGGGCACGGCUGUCCGAAGAAUUAGUGCCUCCUAUUGGGCCACCGCCCGGAUUACUCGCUGGUAGCCAAUGGACUGCGAGAGCGUUGUGACGUCACCUCUGAUUGGCUCUGAGAUUGCGUGCUCUCCUUCAAAGGGGGCGGGGUGCUGGACUUGACUAACUGUAGUGCUCUGUCUAUCGCCCCCCCCAUUGUUCUAUUCGGUAGCGGCUGCCCCCAGAGGCUUCUCUCGCAGCGCUCCGCAGGCGCUGGUGUUGAGUGAGUCUGCGGGAGCCUGGAGAGCAGGGCAGAGCUGCCUGCCACGGGAGUGGGGCACCCUGGGCUGUGGGCGGGUCUUAAGAAUUCAUGCAAAGUCAUGAACAAAGGCUCGUUGGUGCGCCAGGUAUAUGGAGGAUCGCAACAGAAAACCUGGUGUCUUUUAAAAUAACCAAAUAAUUUGCAUUGAAAAACAUGUUGAGUUACCUAGAACUUUUUCAACUGGUUUGUGAUGUGCUCCAACCAAUCCAGUGUUUGAUUCUCUUAGUGUUCAAACCAACAAGCUUUUCAUUAGGGCUGCUCGGGAGUGGGCCUAGCAGCCCACUUGCUGUAAAUACUUGCUGUCCCAUGCUCAUUUGUUCUGUGCAGCCACUAUACAACAGUAGGAUUUGUGGCACAGCCACCAAAGGCAAGCCAGAAAGCUACAUGUCCUCCGUGAUCAUUUUUUAUGAGCAGGUGUGCUGAAGGAAAGAGCACAUACCUGUCGUAUUAGAUUUCAGAUGUGCAUAGAAGUCUAGCCAAAUAUUCCAAAGGCUUCAGGGAAAAGUAACCUGCUCUUACAUAGCAACAAUAGAUUAUUCUUUAUGAUGGAAUCAAAGUCUGUACUCUGCCAUGACAUAGCUGUAAGACCAUCUCAAUGUAUUUACAUUAUUUAAGCCAAUUUUGCUCUACCACCAUUAAGGGUCUUCAGUAAAGAUACUGUGAUACUCCCCUCCCUGGGGUAAAGACCUUGCCCUGGCUCCAGGCCUCCCUCCCUGCCCUCAGGAGAAGGUAGUUUAUCAAGGCCAUAUGUCCAUAACUCUAGCUUUAAAACUCUAGAGCCCGUGGAAGGUGGAGCCCUGACUUAGUUGACAGAGAUGAGAAUCGGAGAGUUGUAGUUUGAAAACCCCAAGGGAAUCACGGGAGCUUAGUUGCAAGACCUGCCUCACCUCUUCCAUCACCUCCCGCCCCAAAUCAGAAGAGAUGUAGAUUCUUUCCCUCUCAUGAGCCUCCGCACACCUCCCCCAUCCCCAUUGGCCAAGGGGAUCCUGGGAAUUGAAGUUUCAAAGCAUAUUUUCCCCACUCCCCAAACCAAAACACUUCCCAGGGGAUCAGGAGCUAUGGUCUGGGAUUUAGGUAACGUUCAACCUCUUAGAACCACAGGUGAGAUCACCUGUGUAAUUUAUUUCCGGUCACUGUUCCCCAUGGAAUGCUGUUAGCAUACUGGGGCAAGUAGCUUCCAGUCACUGUUUCUGGUCAGACACUAUUACAGUGAUUACCAGGACAAAUAACUUCCUGUUAGUGGUUCUAGUUCAGGGGUCAGCGGCAACCUUUCAGAAGUGAUGUGGCAAGUCUUCAUUUAUUCACUCUAAUUUAAGGUUUCACAUGCCAGUAAUACAUUUUAACAUUUUUAGAAGGUCUCUUUCUAUAAGUC